UCUGAUCUCGCCCGCCUAUCCAACGAGUGCAUCUGGAUAUUUUGGAACUCUUUUCAUUUCUUUCCCUUCCACCUACACUCCUCCUUCCACGUCCCACGCCGACAUUCUCUUGUGUCCUUUCUGCCGACAUUCAUUCUCUUCUCCAGCAGAGACAGACACCUUCUACACGACUGGAGGUCUCAACUUCCUCCACCACCAUGCCUCACGGCAGCAGCGCAUCCUCGCCAGCGCAUUCUUCCCAGGCCCUGCUCUACUCUACGGGUUCCUUUACUGGCUUCCGGGCUUCGAUCGUAGAGCUGGGCUACGGGUACCUUUCUGCAGAGAAGAAGAAUCCGCAGCCGUUGUGCGGGAAUCGAGAAGGAUGGGGUCCGUUAAGUCGGGAGAGAUAUGACUUCACACCUUGUUUUAUGGAUGUGUGGGUGUCGAGUGUUGCUGUGUAUGGGAUUUUAUUCGGAGCCAUAGCUGUGUGGUGGUUGGUGAGGCGGAAACAAAAGGCGGAGGUGGAGAGGGAUUGGAAUUUUUGGACUAAGCAGGCGUUGAUUAUAGCCAUUGGUCUUUCGUGUGCCGUUCAACUGGUCUUCCAGAUCCUGAACUAUCCUGAUGUCUGGGCGGGCGAUUUCCGAUUCUGGACGAGCGUGUUGACGAUAUUGUCGCUGGGAGUUAUAUUCACAAUUCAAUGGCUGGAACAUAGCAGGUUACGCAAUGCGAACGGAGUGGUGCUAUUCUACUGGUUGUUCAUUCUCAUAGCUUGGUCCGUCAAGCUACGCUCUUUGAUCUCACAGCAGAUCUACGAUAAACAUCUUCCAUACUUCAUUGCAUAUUGUAUUGGCUUCGCAUUGUCAUGGGUGGAGUUUGGCUUAGAAUGGUUGGUGCCAAAGAAGAAUAGUGUGUAUAAUGCCAUUGGGGACGAGGACGAGUGCCCGAUUGAGUAUGCGACCGUUUUCUCGAUUUUGACAUUCAGCUGGAUGACGCCGAUGAUGAGACAUGGAUACAAGAAAUUCUUGACAGAAGAUGAUCUGUGGAAUCUGGCGAAGAGAGAUACCACGAAAGCGACAGGAGAUGCUUUCCAGAAAGCUUGGGAACAUGAGCUGGAAACCAAGAAGCAUCCUAGUCUUUGGAUGGCCAUCUUCAGAGGAUUCAGUGGACCCUAUUUUCGAGGUGCUGUGUUUAAGACUGUUUCGGAUACGUUGGCUUUCGUGCAGCCGCAGUUGUUGAGGCUAUUGAUCAAUUUUGUGGAUUCGUACCGGUAUGAGAAUCCUCAGCCAGUAAUUAAGGGAGCCGCUAUUGCGUUGGCUAUGUUUUCUGUUUCUGUGGGUCAGACUAUGGCUCUUCAUCAGUACUUUCAACGAGCUUUCGAGACCGGUAUGCGUAUCAAGACUGCGUUGACAGCUUCUAUCUAUGCAAAGUCACUAAAAUUGUCAAACGAGGGAAGAGCUUCAAAGUCUACGGGCGACAUUGUCAAUUAUAUGGCUGUCGAUACGCAGAGGCUGCAGGAUCUUACACAAUACGGUCAGCAGCUUUGGUCGGCACCGUAUCAGAUUAUCCUGUGUAUGGUUAGUUUGUAUCAACUUGUUGGUCUUUCUAUGUUGGCUGGUGUUGGAGCUAUGAUCCUCAUGAUUCCUAUCAAUGGUCUCAUUGCCAGACUGAUGAAGACGCUGCAAAAGGAGCAGAUGAAGAAUAAGGACUCCAGAACCAGACUAAUCGCUGAAAUCGUCAAUAACAUGAAGAGCAUCAAGUUAUACGCUUGGGGUAGUGCAUUUAUGCAAAAGCUCAACUAUGUACGAAAUGACCAGGAACUCAAAACUCUUCGAAAGAUCGGUGCUGCUCAAGCCGUUGCCAACUUUACUUGGUCAACGACUCCUUUCUUGGUAUCUUGCUCAACGUUCACCGUUUUUGUUCUGACGAAGAAUGUUCCAUUGACGACCGACAUUGUAUUCCCCGCCUUGACUCUAUUCAACCUCCUCACCUUCCCACUGGCUAUCCUGCCUAUGGUCAUCACCUCCAUCAUCGAAGCAUCUGUUGCUGUUGGUCGUUUGACAGCGUUCUUCGUUGCAGAGGAACUUCAACCCGAUGCCGUGAUCGUCAGAGGACCCGUCGAUAGCAAUGGAGACGAGAGCAUCUCCGUGCGUGAUGGAACCUUCUCCUGGGAUCGACAUUCGGACCGCAACGCACUUGAAGAUAUCAACUUCUCAGCAGCAAAGGGAGAACUUACUUGUGUCGUUGGCAGAGUUGGUGCUGGAAAGUCUUCAUUCCUUCAAGCUCUUCUUGGAGAUUUAUGGAAAGUCAAAGGCCAAGUUGUGGUCCAUGGAAAUACAGCCUAUGUGGCUCAACAACCUUGGGUUAUGAAUGCCACAGUCAAAGAGAAUAUCACUUUUGGGCAUCGAUAUGACCCCGUCUUUUACGAAAAGACCGUCAAGGCCUGCGCUCUGAUCGAAGACUUUGCCCAAUUGCCUGAGGGAGAUGAGACGGAAGUUGGCGAACGUGGCAUCUCCCUCAGUGGAGGCCAGAAAGCACGAUUGACGCUGGCAAGAGCGGUGUACGCCCGAGCUGAUAUCUACCUGCUUGAUGAUUGCCUCUCAGCUGUCGAUCAACAUGUCGGCCGACACUUGAUAGACAAUGUUCUCGGACCCAAUGGCUUGCUCAGUGGAAAGACAAGAAUCCUGGCCACCAAUUCUAUCCCAGUCUUGGUGGAAGCUGACUUUAUUUGUUUGAUCAGAGAAGGAAAGAUUAUUGAACGUGGCACAUACGAACAGCUCAUCGCGAUGAGAGGCGAGAUUGCAAACCUCGUCAGGACUGCAGGGAACCAGGAUUCACAAGAAUCAGAGACCUCGGAGGAGACCACCUCAAGCGAUUCAUCGACGAUCAUCGACACCGACAGACCAGACGGUGAAAGGGAAGAUGAGAUAGAAGAAGCACAGGAACGAUUGACGCAACUGCAGCCGAUUCGACCAUCGGGAUCGGCGGUCAAGAAACGCAAGGGAAGCAUGGCGACGUUGAGACGCGCGAGUACGGCGAGCUUCAGAGGACCACGAGGGAAGCUUCGAGAUGAGGAAGAGAGUGGGAAGACAAAACAAAAUAAGGAAUUCUCCGAACAGGGGAAGGUGAAAUGGGACGUUUACGCCGAGUAUGCUAAGACAAGCAAUUUGUAUGCGGUGGCUAUAUAUCUCCUGAUGUUGAUCGGUGGACAAACAGCACAAAUCGGGGGCAGCGUCUGGCUUAAGCAGUGGGCCGAGAAAAAUGGAGAAGAGGGCCGAAACCCCAAUGUCGGGAAGUACAUCGGUGUCUACUUUGCUUUCGGCAUCGGUGGGGCCGGCUUGGUUGUGGUUCAGACAUUGAUCCUCUGGAUCUUUUGUUCGAUCGAGGCGUCUAGAAAGCUCCACGAAAGGAUGGCUUUUGCUAUUUUCAGGUCACCAAUGAGCUUCUUCGAAACAACUCCAGCCGGGCGUAUCCUCAACAGAUUUUCAAGCGAUAUCUAUCGGGUUGACGAGGUUCUGGCCCGAACAUUCAAUAUGCUAUUCGUGAACAGCGCACGCGCAAUCUUCACACUGGCCGUCAUCUCGACAUCGACCCCUGCCUUUGUCGCCCUGAUCGUCCCACUUUCUGGGGUGUACUAUUGGGUUCAGCGAUAUUAUCUUAGAACGUCACGAGAACUCAAACGUUUGGAUAGUGUGAGUCGAAGUCCUAUCUAUGCGCAUUUCCAGGAGUCGCUUGGAGGUAUCACCACAAUUCGGGCAUACCGGCAGCAGUUACGUUUCGCGGCAGAAAACGAAUGGAGAGUGGACGCAAAUCUUCGGGCUUAUUUCCCUUCGAUCAAUGCCAAUAGAUGGCUUGCUGUACGCCUCGAAUUCCUUGGAUCGAUCAUCAUUCUCAGCGCAGCCGGAUUCGCCAUUAUUUCUGUGUCCACAGGUAGUGGACUGUCAGCCGGACUCGUCGGUUUGGCUAUGUCUUAUGCCCUCCAAAUUACGCAAUCGCUGAACUGGAUCGUCCGCCAAACCGUUGAGGUUGAGACAAAUAUUGUCUCGGUGGAACGUGUUCUCGAAUAUGCACGACUUCCAAGUGAAGCCCCCGAAGUGAUUCAUAGAAGCCGACCACCAAUCAGCUGGCCAGCAGCCGGUGCGGUACAGUUCAACAACUACAGCACAAGGUAUCGAGAAGGGUUAGACCUUGUCCUCAAGAACGUCAAUCUUGAUAUUAAGCCACACGAAAAGAUUGGCGUCGUGGGUCGUACUGGUGCGGGGAAAAGCUCUUUGACUCUCGCUUUGUUCCGGAUUAUCGAGCCGGCCAUAGGAAACAUCAGCAUUGACCAGCUCAACACAUCAACGAUAGGCUUGCUGGAUUUGAGGCGGCGGUUAGCAAUCAUCCCACAGGAUGCGGCUCUUUUCGAAGGCACGAUCAGGGAUAAUCUCGACCCUGGAGCUGUGCAUGAUGACACGGAGCUUUGGAGUGUGCUAGAACAUGCCAGGCUGAAAGACCAUGUAACGACAAUGACUGGUGGCCUCGAAGCCAAGAUCCAUGAAGGCGGAUCUAACCUCUCACAAGGCCAACGCCAACUCGUCUCCCUGGCCCGCGCCCUCCUCACCCCGUCCAACAUCCUCGUCCUGGACGAGGCCACCGCAGCCGUGGACGUCGAAACGGACGCCCUGCUCCAAACCACGCUCCGCUCCCCGCUCUUCAGCAAGCGGACCAUCAUCACGAUCGCGCAUCGCAUCAACACCAUCCUCGACAGCGACCGGAUCGUCGUCCUCGAAGCGGGUGUCGUCAAGGAGUUCGAUACCCCGAGGAAAUUGCUGGAGGAGAAGGGACUUUUCUGGAAGUUGGUGAAAGAGGCGGGGUUGGAGGGUAGUGCGAGUUUGAGGUAGGUGAGGUGGGGUGGGAUUUGGGGUGUAUGUAGAAUUUUGUUGUUAGUAGAAAUUAUUGAGAUGUUUCGAGUCAGUUGUUGUGCUUUGCUUGGUUGGUUGUGUGAAAUGCAGUGAUUGAUAUGAGGCUGAUUUCCUUCGUCGUGGUGAGCGAGGGUGGGGUAAGGUAGUGAGUGAGGUGUGUAGUACAGGUGAGUUGGCGACUGUUUCAGGGUGGUGUACAGUACAGAAUUAUUUUAUAUAUGUUUUUUUUGCGGGGGAGAAUGCGAAGCUGUUGUGUUACUAUUCUAGGUAAGAGAGGGAGGGAGGGAGGUGUAAAGCAGCAGGUCUUCUUAUAUCCUUUGUCAU